CCUCUUUUUCCCUUUUUAUCUCUCUUUCUCUUUUAUUGAUAACAUACCACAUUCUUCUUCCUUUUUGUUUUGUCUAUCAUGACCAGUCUUACUUCUUGCCAUCGUCACCGUAUUCAAUCUAAACCUGGAUCUAAUAACGACGAUAAUAGUUUAGCAAAGGAACUGGAAAUAAUAUCUGAUAAACAACAACAACAAUCGAUUCAACAAGCUUGGCAUAUAUUCAAUGGAGCGAGUUCCCCACAGCGAUUAUUGAUCUUACGAGGGUUACUGUCAAGUUGUUGUACAUCACAAUUGUCGUAUUUGUGGGACAAUGUCCAAUCAUUGCUUCGUACGGACUUUACUUUGGUGUUCCCAACCGAGAUCACGUUACGGAUCUUUACCCAUUUGGAUGCACAGACAUUGUGUGCUGCAGCACAAGUCAAUCGACGGUGGCAACUUUUGGCAAACGAUGAUUCCAUUUGGCAUCGGAUGUGUGAACAACAUAUUGACAAGAAGUGUGCGAAAUGUGGAUGGGGACUUCCUUUACUACAAAAACGCAAGAUCAUUCGAGUCAAUAACAAGAGAACAUUGGAUGAUUGUGAAGCGUCGGCAGUGACGAUCAAGAAACCUCGCAAGAUGGAACGUAAACCUUGGAAAGCUGUGUACAGUGAACGACUUGUAGUGGAACGUCAUUGGAGGAAAAAUCAAGCCAAGGUAUUUACAGUCAAGGGAGCUCAUUCGGAAGCCAUCAUGACGGUGGCAUUAUGUGAAGCACAAGGGAUGGUGAUCACGGGUUCCAAGGACAAAACAAUCAAGGUAUGGUCUCUUGCUGGUCAAAACGCUCAAUUGAUACGCACUCUCAAAGGACAUACGCGGGCGGUACAUACAUUGCAAAUGGAUGACACUAAAUUGGUGAGUGGCUCCAUGGAUCAUACACUCAAGAUCUGGAAUUAUCAUACAGGACAAUGUAUUCGGACAUUGGAGGGACACACGGCUGGCGUGACACAUCUUCAUUUUGACAGCAAACUAUUGGCAAGUGGAUCGACAGAUGGUAUGAUCAAGGUAUGGAACUUCCAAAAUGGGGAAUGCUCAACACUUUCUGGUCAUACACAAUCAGUGACCCAUGUUCGACUGUAUCAACAAAGUACACGAUUGAUUUCUAGUAGUGAUGAUGGACGGAUGAUGUUGUGGGAUUUGGAAUCACGACAAUGUUUAAAAAUCUUGGAAGGACAUCAUACUUCAGUACAAGCAGCCAUUCCUAGUAUGCCUGGUUUUUUACAUCGAUUUUAUUAUCAAGAUGUGAAAAAGGAGAAUGAUGAUCAACAAACAAAUCAACAAGAAGAAGAUCAACAUCGAUCGGGUAGCCCUGUAGCGAUCUCUGGUUCUUUAGAUAAUACAUUGAAGGUAUGGUCUUUGGACACAGGUGCUUGUUUACGUACAUUGUUUGGUCAUAAUCAAGGCAUUCAUACAUUAGCUUAUGAUAAAUUACGCUUGGUCUCUGGUGCUAAGGAUGGUGAAUUGAAGAUUUGGGAUAUUGAAAGUGGUCAAGUUAUGCAUUCUCUUCAAGCUCAUGAAGGUUCUAUUAAUUCUAUUGUACUUUCUGAUACCAAAAUCAUCAGUGUUUCCGAUGCUGGUGAUUUCCGUGUGGCUGAUUUUGGUGUUUAAUCUUUUUCAUUUCUCUCUCAUUUUUUUUUUUUUUUUUGUACAUACUUC